UGUUCAUUAGGCUUUGCAAAAAGCUUGAGAUAAGCAAUGGUGUUUCAGUUCUUCAUAGCAUCGCGUGAAAUGCAGACCUUUUUAGUUUGUAGUUCUUUGUUCAUAUUUUUCCUCCCUUGCCUGCUGGGAGCUUCAUCGUUUUUGGAGGAACCAUGUGGAAGAGCGAUUAUACCUAAAGUUAUCCGAGGCUAUAAUGCUGGGCAAGAAUACGCUGCCUGGAUGGCAGCCAUUAGAAAUGACACAAAUUUUCUGUGUGGCGGUACGCUUAUACACAAACGCUUUAUUUUAACUGCUGCCCAUUGCAUAGAUGGUCAAAGCAGCCUAUUUGUGAGCUUGGGAGCAUACAACAAAAGUAAUCCCAUCGCUGAGUACGACGUCAGUGUUGCAGUAAUCCACCGUUCCUACAACAGAUUUACUCACCUCAAUGAUAUUGGCCUUCUAAAACUGUCUACCAGCGUCGUCUACAAUGUCUUCGUUCAUCCAAUCUGUAUUAUUUUGGACAUGAGAAUUAAGAGCCAAGUGGAGGCCACGCAAACGUUUAAAGCAUUUGGUUGGGGUGAAAAAAGUGACGGCCAGGAAAGCGAAAUACUUCAAACCAUCACCCUUAACCAUUUAGCUCGAGCUGUGUGCACCAGGCACUUAGGUGUGAGUCUUAUUUCGAAACAGAUAUGUGCCGGUGCCAAUGGCGGAGACACCUGCCGCGGCGAUUCCGGUGGCCCAUUGACCAGCACCAUUACCGUUGGUGAAAGACUCCGCGAAUCGCAGUUCGGUAUCGUUAGCUAUGGCAAAACAAGCUGCAAUGCACCCGGCGUGUAUACCGAUGUGACUAGCUAUGCGGAUUGGAUAGAGGCAACAAUAAAGACGCAUAACGUUGGGAAUGGGCUACAGAAAUCAGUUUCCCAUCGGUCCGAUUUGGUACAAGAUACAUGGGUGUAUGAAGACUGCGGUGGUGCUACCAUAGCAUCGAAUUUGGAGGCAAAUAUACUUGGGUUUAAUUUUCAAUCGAAAGGCGUGCUCAUCACAGACCGGUUUGUUAUCACAAAUGCCAGAAGAUUGCCUGAAAAUGCUCCGUUAGUUGUUGGUGUGAUGGGGAUGUGGAGGUCCUAUGGAGAAUACAGAGUUGACGCAGUCUUCAAGCAUCCGAAGUAUUCAGAAGGCAGAAAUGACAUAGCUUUGCUUAGACUAAAUCGGUCGGUGACCCACACAGACGGAAUGAAACCGAUCUGUAUGCUCGUGAACGCACAGCACCAGCAGCUGGUCGAAUCUAGCCCGUUCUUUACUGUUUUUGAUUAUGUGGAAACCGAAGUUCCCAAGCAAAUUUAUGCUGUUAGCGUUACACUCAUUCAACCCGUCGAUUGUUCAUAUCGAAUUCACAGAACAAUCUAUCGGGAUCAAUUAUGUUUGAAACAUCCACGCGGAAUGAGUCAGAAUUAUGGCAAACCUGGCGACUUAUUGGGAGGAAAUAUAAUGCUGGCGGGAAAGAAAAGGUUCGUUUUGCUUGGAAUUGUCAGUUAUUCAUCCAAUGGUGUGCAUGUUCUAACAAAUGUUAUGAGACAUUCGGAGUGGAUCAAAAAUAUGGUUAAAUCUAAUUAAUUUUAGAAAACAAAUGGAAAAUCACUUUUAUUAUGUCAAUAAAAACACUAAAUUUGUACCCAUUAAA